AGGUUUUAAGUUGAAAAAAUAGUGCUUUUACUUAAAUUUUAAACAAAGGUUUUUUUUUUUUUUUUUCUUAAUUUACUCCAUUAAAAAAUGCAUACAUUUGGACAGAGACUCCGUCUCAAAAAAAAAAAAAAAAAAGCGUACAUUUAUAGUCACAGAAUUAGUUUUCGUUUUGACCUUAAAAGUAUUUACUCUAAACUUACUUUACACAUACUAAAAAUGUAGGUUUUGAAAAAAGAAAGUGAUCAUGUGGCUUUUCAGACAAGAGAAUGGUAUGUAAUGUUUUGCAUCAGCUCCGGGUCUUGUCCACCAAUCAGAGGUCCUUCAGAGCUUGUAGGGUCUAGAAAGAUAAUUAUUUUAUACCCUCAUUUUACAGAUAAAGAACCUGAGACCCGCUAGAGUAAGUGACUUGGUUAAGAUACGGAGCGCUCCAGAGACCAGGUCCAAGAUCUUCCCCCGUUUCACAAUUAUAAGGCGGCUGUCUAGAGGCCAUUCCCUUCCUUUGAUCCUCAUAAAGUUAAUUUCCAGUCUUUUGGAGAGGAUCGCCUGGCUUAGAAGUUUUCCUCACUCCCCGAACCCCAUUUUCUCUUCCUUUUCUUCCGCUCGCCGUGUCCCCAGCGCCUAUAGCUGGAAAUCAGCCGCCCGUGAGCCUGCGGGGCACAGAGGCGGCUGGCGGCUCCGGUGACCCCUUCCCGCUGGCCUGGAUGAGGCCUGGGCUCGGGAACCGCGUGAUGCAGCCCAAAGAACGCGCAGAACAGCACGUGUUCUCUCCGGUGUCCCGGGCUCCCGCGCCGCCGCCCAAUCGCCGCGGCCGCCUGACGCUCAGGCCGGGCCUACCGGCCGCGGGGAUUCAGGGCCCGGGGAUUCGCGCCGCCGCCGCCCGCCAUGCGCUUUCGCUUCGGGGUGGUGGUGCCGCCCGCCGUGGCCGGCGCCCGGCCGGAGCUGCUGGUGGUGGGGUCGCGGCCCGAGCUGGGGCGUUGGGAGCCGCGCGGGGCCGUACGCCUGAGGCUGGCAGGCACCGCGGUGGGCGCCGGGGCGCUGGCGCUGCAGGAGCCGGGCCUGUGGCUCGGGGAGGUGGAGCUGGCGGCAGAGAAGGCGGCGCAGGACGGGGCGGAGCCGGGCCGCGUGGACACGUUCUGGUACAAGUUCCUGAAGCGGGAUCCGGGAGGAGAGCUCUCCUGGGAAGGCAAUGGCCCUCAUCAUGACCGUUGCUGUACUUACAAUGAAAACAACUUGGUGGAUGGUGUGUAUUGUCUCCCAAUAGGACACUGGAUUGAGGCCACUGGGCACACCAAUGAAAUGAAGCACACAACAGACUUCUAUUUUAAUAUUGCAGGCCACCAAGCCAUGCAUUAUUCAAGAAUUCUACCAAAUAUCUGGCUGGGUAGCUGCCCUCGUCAAGUGGAACAUGUAACCAUCAAACUGAAGCAUGAAUUGGGGAUUACAGCUGUAAUGAAUUUCCAGACUGAAUGGGAUAUUGUACAGAAUUCCUCAGGCUGUAACCGCUACCCAGAGCCCAUGACUCCAGACACUAUGAUUAAACUAUAUAGGGAAGAAGGCUUGGCCUACAUCUGGAUGCCAACACCAGAUAUGAGCACCGAAGGUCGAGUGCAGAUGCUGCCCCAGGCAGUGUGCCUGCUGCAUGCGCUGCUGGAGAAGGGACACAUCGUGUAUGUGCACUGCAACGCUGGGGUGGGCCGCUCCACCGCGGCUGUCUGCGGCUGGCUCCAGUACGUGAUGGGCUGGAAUCUGAGGAAGGUGCAGUAUUUCCUCAUGGCCAAGAGGCCAGCUGUCUACAUUGAUGAAGAGGCUUUGGCCCGUGCACAAGAAGAUUUUUUCCAGAAAUUUGGGAAGGUUCGUUCUUCUGUGUGUAGUCUGUAGAUGGUCAGCCUGCUUCUGCCCCCUCCUGAUUUCUCUAAGGAGCCUGGGGUGAUGUUGGUAAAAUGACCUAGAAACAAGGAUUCUACCUAAACUGAAAGGACUGUGUGACUUCCCCCAAGCCAACCACUUUCAUCUGGGAUGACUUUCGAUUAUGCUUUGUUUUGGGGCUGUAUUUUUGAAAUACUCUACAAGAAAGCUGUGACUCACACUCGAGAAGAGGCACGAAGCAGUUAGGCUGUACAUCAGACAGAAGGGUAAUGCUUGCAGUUCCUGCUGCCUGUGGGCAGAUGAGGCCUUUGCUUUACAGCACUGCAUGUGUUGCACGAUGGAUCCAUGACAGCACUUUCCUGUUGUACUGAAACUCUUGGCCAUGCAGAGGAAAAGAUAUGGAGCUAUGUGGAUUUCAUCACUAGUGUGUGUGCAUGAGCUGGUCAGUUGCCAAAGGAGGAAAUAAGGUUAGAAGCCUGAACCGUUACGAAAGAAGAGCUCACUGUGGUCAAAAAAUGAUGGCUUUCAGGACUUGAUUUUUAUCCUGCCUCACAGUUGUUAAAGUCUGUUCCAAAACAUCACCUUCCUUCUCCACCCAACAACGCUGUGUAACAACCAAAGUAGAAUUAUCUCUCAUUUGUUGUUGUUGUUGUUUUUUUCCCUCAAAACUGCCAAACAAAGCAAAAUAUACCCUUGUUUUUUAUAGUUGUGAUAUCAAGAAGUUAAAUUGACACUUAAUGAGCAUAGGUAGCUAGCCCAAGGUCUCAUGACCAGUCAAGGGCAAGCUAGAGUUAAUAGUCUAUUUGAUUCAGUGCUGUUUUCAACACAACUUAUUUUCCCAGCACCAUGUAGUAGUGCAUUCAGUUUUGUCUUUCUCAGGGUAUGGUCAAUAUGCCUGCAGGAGUUUCCAUAGCGAGACACAGAAUAGUACUCUGAUCAGUUGCCAAAGAAUCUGGGAAAGUAGUUGUAUUUUGUGCAAGCUAAUUUAAAAACAUGAUGGGCUGUUUUAAGACCAGAGUGGAAGUUCAUGAGAGGACCUAUACUACCGAAAGAGCCCAAACGACCAAAUCCAUGGAUAAUUGCUUCACAGCCUCGGCCAUCCUGGCUCAGCCCUCAAUUUAGUAUAAUAUGCAGUUCCUGUGCCUCCAGACUAUGCAGCUCAUCACCCUAGGUUCUACAGGAAAUACAGAGAUAAACAACGUUGCCUUCAAAAGUGUGCUGCCUAGAAACAGACCUGCAUUCAACAACUGCAAUGCAGGAUUGGACCAUGAAUGAUAUGCUAGAAUAGAAAAAAAGAGACGUGUUUUUUUCAAUUGAGAGCCUCUACGUGCAAGGUGAUUUAUAAUCAUAUCCAGUUUAAUCUUCACAAUAUCCAAUGAAGAAGGUCUCAUUAUCUCCAUGAUAAAGAUGGGGAAACUAAGGCUCAGAGGGGUUAAAUCAACUGUCUGUUGUCCCACGAUGAAUAAAUAGAUGCAGUGAGAUAUAAAGCUAGAUUUGAUUCAAAGCCCUUACUUUCCUAAUUAAACUAUGAUGCACAUUUAUUUUUCUGCACCUUCCUUUCUUCCACAAACGCAUAUUGAUAGAUGCAAGAGACUCUUAUUUAGAAGGUGCAGGGGACAAGAAGGAUACAAGGUAAGUUUCAGUGGAGCUCAGAGGACAGGGAGAUAUAACUGUGGCACUUAGGGGAGAUGACAUUUGCUUUGGGCAGAGGCAGCUGGCCAGGACGCGUUUCCCAUAUAAUUUUACAAAGUUAAAUUUAUAAGCUGGCAUUAAGUAAAGUGAAGUCCAGCUCCCUUGCGAAAAAUAACUAGAGGUAAUAAUUGGUAUUCAAGUAACUCAUUUACAGUCAUAGUGUGUCAUGAAAAUUUAAUCUUAAAAAUGAAAUUUUAAACUAUGUGUGUGUGUGAGUUUCUUUAAUGUCUAAUCUAGUUUCAUAAUUUCCAUGAUACAAAGAUCUUUUCUCAGGUGGAUUUUCCCCUUUGUUCCUUCUGCUCUGAUAGACAAAAUCAUUUUAGGGCUAUUAAAGAAUGUUUUGGAAUAAAUCAUCUUUUCCUCAAUGAAUGGGAUGUCUAAUCUUUUGGUAAAUAAAAACAUUUAAAAAGAC